AUGAGCGACUCGUCAGAAGACGAUCAACCCUUCAAUCUCCGCGACUACGAUGACGAAGACACUGAUGACGAGCGACCAAACAAGCGAAGAAAAACCAUGAAAACCUUGCGCAGUCGCGGCCUGGGUUUCGUCAAGUCCACUGCUCAGGAUGGGGAACAAGAAAACCAAGAUGAUCAAGAGGAGGAUGUCGAUGAUGAGAAGCCUUCGAUGGGAAUGGGACAGGGUAUGGGUGGUUUCCGCAGUUCUUUCAACAUCGGCGAAUACAACUACGAUGGAGAACCAGACAGCCCCGUACCUCCACCAGAUAUGUCUCCUCGAAGACAAGCAGAGAAGAGUAGCGGUUUUGGCCCUUCCGCCUUCGGUACAGGAGGCCGAAUUCAAAAGAACUCGUUCGCAGCGAGGAUGAUGGCCAAACAAGGCUACGUUGAAGGUCAAGGUCUAGGAAAAUCGGGACAAGGUAUAACGGCUCCGAUUCAGGCCCAGGUGUUGCAAAGUCGAGCUGGCUUAGGUCAAGGUAGCGGAACACCUGAACCUCCCCGGAAGAAACAAGAGCCGGGAAGAGACAAGCCCUCAUCUACAGGGUCGACGCCGGGAACAGGUACACCGCGGAUCAAAGCUCCUCCCAAAGCAAAGUAUGCGGUCACGGCAAUCGAAUCCAGAGGCCUCCAUGUCCCUGAGGCGAUGAAGCAAAUCAUAGUCGAUGCAACAGGCUCCGAGACCAAAACGCUAACCUCAUUGUCAGGCUUUUCAACUCCCACUCGAGAAGCCUCACCUGGACCCGGAUUGGAGGUGGCCAAAGCGACUGCUCGCAUAAAAUUGCAAUUGCAGGCAUUUGCCGACGCCUGGGACGGAACUAAGGAGCAAGAAGCCCGUCUUGACAUGGAACACACCCAGAUCGGCGCAGCACUGGCACUCCACGAGGAGGAAAUCCAGCGCUACAACGACAUCAUAUCAGCGUUUGAGCGAGUCGCCGUCGACGAUUCUAAUGAGUCUCGAGAUUGGGGUUCAUCCAUCUCCCGCCUUCGGGACAUCCAAGCUCGAUAUUCGAAUCACGUAUCCGAGCUUUCACUUGCUGAACUCACAGCUUCUUGUCUUGAACCCCUCUUUCGCCGCGAAAUGGCUGAAUGGCAGCCACUCUCGCAACCGACGCACCUCAUUGACUCAUUUCAAUCCAUGGAUCAACUUCUUGAACUCGAGAGAUCAAUCACCUCAAGACACCGCAAGCGCACAUCCUAUUUCGAAUCACUCCUCCUUCUGCACUGGUAUCCGCGAAUUCGGACAGCUUUGGGAAAAGAAUGGAAUGUCUACGACCCGGAUUCAGCAUACACGCUGAUCAUAUCGUGGUCUAAGAUUCUACCACCCUGGCUCACUUACAAGAUACUCCACGAAAGCAUCCUACCCAAACUAAUUGAAGCGGUCAAACGAUUUCCCAAAACCGUCGACUCAGCAACUGCUACCCCCGGCCGUUCUUCCGUCAGCUCUCACAAAUCCAAAAGAUCUGCCCCUGAUCUUCAUACCUGGCUCUUCGACUGGUGGACAUUGUUGUCCUCGGAGAGUCUUGAUCUGGAACGCUUCGCAGAGCUCAAAUCAUUAGUGAAAACCAAAGUUGAUAGUGAGAGCUGGCCGACAUGGAAACCAUUGCUUGGAUCGCGUCGACCCAAACCACUUCCUCCGACGAAAACUGCCCAAUCCUCAGCGGCUGGUGCUGGAUCGAUCCCGCCUGGUAGAGCAGACGUGGAAGAAAUCACAUUCAAGGCCUUGGUGGAAGAGUGGUGCAGCGAGAACAAUUUAUUACUACACUCAUCACACAAGUCUGAUGCCUUUGGUCGCUUACUUUAUCGGCUUCAAGACGCAGAAAGAAGAAGUCGAGGCAUCCUCGUUUAUUUGCAAGAUGACGUCGUGUUUGGAGAGGAUGGAGAGCCGUAUGCCUUGGAUGAGGAUUUGGUUUCGAAAGCAAUGAGUAAGAGGUGA